AUGUCUCGGAAGAUCAACGACACCUUCGAUGCGUGCUUCUGGGAGGAGUAUCUGGAGAGCCAAGGUUCACGAUUACCUCCAUUACCGGAUGUUCAGCGCAUCACUCCUCGAGUUGUACGUGUGCUUGCGGGUAAUCCUGGCGGGUUCCAAUUGCAGGGUACCAACACAUACCUAGUGGGCAGUGGGCGCGAGAAGAUUCUCAUCGAUACCGGUCAAGGUCUACCGGUAUGGAUCGACCACAUUGCCCAGGUUGUGGCCGAAAAUGAUCUGAAGAUUGUGGCUGCAUUAAUCACCCACUGGCAUGGCGAUCAUACUGGUGGCGUACCUGAUCUUCUGGUUCAUUUUCCGCAUUUGAAAUCUGCUAUCUACAAGAAUCAGCCAGACCGUGGCCAGCAGGACAUUCUUGACGGACAGGUCUUCCAAGUAGAGGGAGCCACGAUCCGUGCAUUGCACACGCCUGGUCAUGCUGUCGACCACAUGUGCUUCGUACUGGAAGAAGAACAAGCCAUUUUCACCGGUGAUAACGUUCUAGGUCAUGGCUUUACGGUUGUGGAGGAUCUCGGGGCGUAUACGAACAGUCUCGGUAUUAUGAACGACCAAGGGUGCCAGAUAGGGUAUCCAGCACACGGCGUUGUGAUUACCGAUAUGCCAGCGAAAAUGGCAGAAUAUAGGGACCAGAGAUUACGACGAGAGCGACAGGUUAUUUCCGCAUUACGGGAAAGUCGACAAAAGAAUGCCGGACGAGGCAGUAUUACGGUACAGGAAGUGGUGCAAUCAGUGCAUGGGACCGUUCCCGAGGAUGUCAGUAAGAAGGCAUUGGAGCCAUUCAUGCAGGAGGUACUUUUGAAGUUGGCGGGUGAUCGUAAAGUUGCCUUUGAACUACAGGGAGGAGUAAAGCGGUGGUUUAUUGUUGGUAAUCGAGUUUGA